UCGGAGGGAGAGUUGCGGUGGUAGCCCAGGACUGGGCAGGGUCGGCCGUCUCAACCGGCGUUUUGUUCAGGGAGCCUCUUACUCGAGCUGUUUAGCUACAGCUAACGUUUACCAGCCGCAGCUCCAAAGGCUGGAGUCAGAAAACCGUAUGCAACGGCCUAGGGGGCACGUGCCCACCCAUCAUCAAGCCUUUGAGGUCUAGGUUUGGCUGGGAGGCCGCCUACAGUUGAUGACUUUAGAGAACGCCCUGUUGGUGGCUAGGGUAUCACCCACUCAUUCAACAAGUGUUUGCAGGGCGCCUGUCAUGAGCUAGGGUCAGGCUCCUAGGCUACGGUGAACAUCACGUUUUUGACACUGACUUGCACAAAUCUCAGUUGGAGAGAAAGAGGCACCGCGAGUGGCCAACUCUGAUGUGCCAAAGAACACCUCUUAAGGAGGAGCCAAGAAAAGAGUGCCAGAAAUGAUACGGCGUCUUCUUGCCAGAGGAAAGACUGGUGGGAGCGAACCCUUGCUGUCAAGCUCAGCUUUGCACUUUUCAGCCAAACUCAGGACUGUCUGGUCAUGACUUCCACAAAGGAGCAGGCAGCUAUCAGCCGGCUCUUAAGUUUUUUGCAGGAGUGGGACAGGGCUGACAGAGUCGCCAGGAGUCACAUCCUUGACAGUUUCAUCGCCACCAACCAAGGCAAGACUGCCCCGGAACUGGAGCAGGAGUUCUCCCAAGGAGCCAGCCUGUUCCUGGUUCGCCUGACCACGUGGCUCAGAAUCAUCUACAUGACUGGCUCGUGCUUGGAGAAGCUUCUGAGGUCCAUCAACAUCUUCUUGUCAGCCGUGAGCAGCAAUCGGUACCUGAUCGAGUUCCUGGAGGUUGGAGGUGUCCUAACGCUCCUGCAAAUCCUUGGGCUGGAGAAUGUAAAGGAGGAGGACAAGAAGGAAGCUAUCAAGCUACUCCAGGUGAUUGCAAACUCCGGCAGGAAGUUCAAGGAGCUCAUCUGUGAGAGCUACGGUGUACGCUCCAUCGCAGAGUUUUUGGCCAAAUCAAAAUCAGAAGAGACCCAAGAGGAAGUGCAGGUUCUGUUGGAUUCAUUGGUCCACGGUAACCCCAAGUACCAGAAUCAAGUGUACAAGGGGCUGAUAGCCCUGCUGCCCUGCACCUCGCCCAAGGCGCAGCAGCUGUCCCUGCAGACUCUGCGGACGGCCCAGUCAGUCAUUGGAACCAUCCACCCCAGCAUCGUGGAGUGUGUGCUGAUGGUGCUGGGCACCAUGCACCUGGAGGUCCAGUAUGAAGCCAUUGAGCUCAUCAAGGACCUGGUGGAUUACGACCACGUGCGCCUGCCGCUGCUCCAGGGCCUCGUGGCGCUGCUGACGCCGUCGGUCAAGGAGACCUCCAAACUGCAGCACAAGAUCCUCACGGACACCUCGGUCCUGCCGCUUACCAUUCAUCUGCCGGUGUUUCUGCAGCAGGCCGCAGCCGCCAAGACCAUAGGGGUCCUGGCUCGCCGCGACGUAAGGGUUGCCGAGGAACUCCUGCAUCUGCACGUGGUGCAUAGCCUGAUGACGGCCAUGGGCAACAUGGACCACAGCAACAGCCAGCGGCUGGCAAGCCUCACGCUGCAGUUCUUCGUGCAGACCUUCCCGGUGGUGGAGGAGCUCGCGCGCCGCUCCAUGGGGGAGGACCUCUACCAGCUCUUCAGCAGCAACCCGGAGAACUUGUAUCUGCAAAUGGACAACGUCCAGGCAGACAUCUUAGCGUCCAACAAGGUCAACGUUCCCAAGGCCAUGCGCCUCUGCAGCAUCUCCAAGAGCAACUCGAGCUUGCUCUUUGGCCCCGAGGACGCGGACCACGUGGCCAGCUGCCCUGACUUGGAAGAGGAAGACAAGGAACAGAAGAAGUGACAGAAGCAACGUAGGAGAAAAGA